AUGGCGAGGAUACGAAAUCGAACACUCUUCCUUGCGUGCCUACUCGCUUCCGCAAAGGCAGCAUCCAUUCCAUCCAUCUUCCAACGCGACGACCAAGCAGUGUGCGGCGGCAAGAACCUCUUCCAGUGCUCGAGCGGCGUCGACGAUGGACUUUGCUGCAAGACGGGCGACACUUGCAUCUACCUCGCCGGUGGAUCAACAGUGCUGUGCUGUCCGGCAGCCACCUGCAACCGGAUCAUGCCCAUCCAAUGCAACGUUGCCGCCCAAAAUCCAUCCAAUUUUCCCAACGCGCCUCUCAAGACGACAGCACUGCGGGCAGAGCUACCCAAGUGCGGGGACAACUGCUGCCCCUUUGGCUUCACCUGCAACAGCGACGGCCAGUGCGACAUGGACGAGAAUCAGUCCGAGAGGCCAUCUGAGCGACCGGCUUCUGAAAUAUCAUCCACCACAGUAGCGCCGACAUCGACGCUGCCCUCACCGAGCAUCAUCACCUCGACGCCCGAGCCUACGGCUACAUCAUCUACGGCAUCAGCAUCGUCAUCAACGACAACGCCCAGCGCCGGUGCUGAAGAACAGCAGCAAGACAACAACAGUUCGUCAGGGGACGACAAAAAGUCCUUCCCAACAGCAGGCGUUGUAGUCGGCGUGCUCGGCGGCGUGCUCGUACUUAUCGGCGUAGCCGUCGGCGUCUUCAUGUGCCUCUCCCGCCGGCGCCGCAACCACAGCCGCACAAGCCCCUCGUCGUCGUCGCGCCCCUUUUCCUCGGAGAAGAAACACCCCGCCCUCCGCCGCGCCGCCUCCUCAACCUCGUCCUUUGGCAACUUCAUCUCCGAGCCGAUCCCCAACGACGCCUCGGCGCUGCGCACCGACUUUAUCCUCAAGACGCCCUCGACAGCAGGAGCAAACAACACGACAACAGCAAAACGCGCCUCGCAGCGCCUCUCGGCCCUCUUCCGCCGUGACGCGUCGAGCGGCAGCGGCGGCGCCACCGCCAUGGUUGCGAACCCGCGCUCGCCCCCGCGCAUUCCGGCCCGCACCCUCUCCAACGCCACCAUGACAACGUCCGACCCGCGCGCCGCGCUGCACAUCCCGCCCAUUCGCACGAUGCGCAACCAGCAGCGCCCGGUCAUCCAGACAGGCAGCGCGUGGGCGCGAGGCCCCGCGGCCCGCGCGGCGGCCGUGCUGGCUACGACGCCCACGGAGCCUACGGUGCCCGUGACGCCGCGGCUGCAGCGAGAGCCGAGUGGCGAGUGCAUCAACAUAUUUGCCGACCCGGGCACUGUCGGCAGCGGCAACGGAGACAGGUUGAUGCCCGGGGGAUUGCUGCCGCCGAGGGCCAAGCGGAACACGUCUGCCACGACGUUUACGGAGCUCAUGGAGGAGGCGCAGUUGGGGGAUGUGCGGAGGGGGGAUCCGUUUGUGCCGAGGACGCCUGGGCGGAUGUGA